GGAGCCCCUCGGGACGUCGGUUUUCCCUCCCUUGCGAAGCCUCUGCGGGCGUCCUUGUCAGGCCUCGCGCUGGACUCAAGCCGUCGGGAAUGAGGCGUUCCUCGGUGCCCGCACAACCUCGAUUCCCUUUGCCUGCCCGCGCUGCGGGGCUGCUUCUCGGCCGGGCCCACCGAAGACCUCCAGCCUCACCGCCAGGUUUCUUCAAACAGCGAGAAACCUUCCAGGAAGAGCUUCUGAAGUUCGGGGCCCGCUCCCUACCUCUGUUCCACCCUCGUGUUUUCUCUGAAUUUGGGCUUUCCCGUGACCACCAUUGACUUGACUAGAGGAAGCUUUGAGUCUAGGAAACUGCCUUUGAUUAGGAAUCGGUUGUCGGAACAGCCAGCCUCUUGUCUUUGAAACAGCUUUCUUGAGACAUAAAUUAACUUACCUUAAAACUUACCCACUAUUUAUUUUGGUGGGCCUUUGGCAAAAUGAACCAGAUAAGAGUGUGGGUUCUCUCCUGGGCUGACAAUCUGCGUUGUGAAAGCCAGAUCACCUCUCCAUAACAUUCUCAUCACAUCCUGAGGUGUUGACAUAGUACAGUGUUCACUUCACAGCUCUGUGUGGAAAACUUCCAGAGUCAGAGCUCUAGCCGACCUCUCCAGAGUACCUACUCAACAUCUCCACUUGCUUGAGGCUCUGCUCUCUUCUUCUCCGAGGUGAUCGGCGGGAGGAAGAGGGACUCGGUCCAAACGCCAGGUGUCUGGGUCCAGGUACCUGGCAUUUUGACUGUGUUCCUGUGGAUAGCUACUUGUUCAGAAGUUCCGGAAGGGACCCUGUUCCCACCAGACAUUAAAAACAAUUUUUUUUAAACUUACUGGUUUUCCUUUUAAAACAAAAAAGAAUUUUUGCUGCAUGUGGUUUUGUCCUUCUCUGGAAGUAAAGUCAGAAGUACAAAACUGUCAGGUCCCUGAGCACUGCCUGCCCCUGCUGCCGCAUCUGCCCUGUUGGCGCAUGUUGGGUUCCUCCAGUGAGACUUUUCCUUAGAGACAUGCUGCCUCCCAAGUCCUUGUCCGCCACCAAACCCAAGAAGUCUUGGGCCCCAAACCAGUAUGAGCUAGACAGUGACUUGUCUGAGCCGGACGCCGUCCCAGGAGAAGGCGCCACUGACUCUGAGUUCUUUCAUCAGAGGUUUCGGAACUUCCUCUACGUGGAAUUCCUUGGGCCUCGGAAGACCCUUCUCAAACUCCGAAACCUCUGCCUCGAUUGGUUGCAGCCGGAGACUCGCACCAAGGAGGAGAUUAUCGAGGUCUUGGUUCUGGAGCAGUUCCUGACCAUCCUUCCGGAAAAGAUCAAGCCUUGGGUGCAGGCAAGAAAGCCGGAUAACUGCGAAAAGCUCGUUGCUCUGCUGGAAGAUUACGAGGAGAUGUACGAGCCGGAAGACGACAACAGCAGCGACACCCACAGCGAAGGCGGAGUGAGCCGGAGGGCCGCGGAGUCCCCGCCACCGCGCCCCGCCCUCCCCUGCUGUGGCCGGGCGCGGGAGCGGGAGCGCCGCCGCGGCCGGAGCCGGGACAUGGGGUCACGGGACCGCUGGCCAUCCGUCCGGAGCCCCAGGAGCAGGUUUCACCAGCGGGACCUCGCCCUUCCUCUGGCGGAGAGAGCCAAGGAGAGAGAGCACAGACGCAGGGACUCCCUGCUGGAUUUGGACGCCAGAUCCGAGGAGGCGGUGUUGUACCAGGACAUGGUGGCCCUCACUGAGGAUCACAAACUCCAGAACCCGAUUCAGGACAACAUGGAGAACUACCGGAAGCUGCUCUCACUGGGGGUUCAGCUUGCCGAGGAUGACGGCCACUCACACAUGACCCAAGGCCACUCGUCGAGGUCAAAGAGAAGUGCCUACCCGAGCACCAGUAGAGGUCUGAAGACAGGGCCCGAGACCAGGAAGUCAGCCCACCGGCGGGGUAUCUGUGAGGCCGAGUCCUCCCACGGGGUGAUCAUGGAGAAGUUCAUCAAGGAUGUGGCGCGCAGCUCCAGGUCCGGGCGGGCACGGGAGCCGAGUGAGCGGCCGCACCGGCUCUCCCGGAGGCCGGGCGGCGACUGGAAGGAAGCGUCCUUCAGCAGGAGGGAGGCGGGAGCCUCAGAGGGGGGCGCCUUUGGGGGAGGAGGCUUCAGCUGUAGCUCAGACCUGGUUUCCAAACGGCGCGCUCUGGAGAGAAAAAGGCGCUACCACUUCGACGCCGAGGGGCAGGGCCCAGUGCACGAUCCCAGGGGCGGGGCGAGGAAGCGGCCCUUCGAAAGCGGCGGUGAGGCCCGCAAGGCUGCCAGGGCGGUGGGCGGCAGCAACCUGAGCGCACCGCCCGCGGCCCUGUCGCAGCCGCUGGACUCGGGGGCCAUGCCUUACGUGUGCGAUGAGUGCGGGAGGUCCUUCCCGGUCAUCUCCGAGUUUGUGGAUCACCAGAUCGUGCACACCCGAGAGAGCCUGUACGAGUAUGGGGAGUCCUUCAUCCACAGCACAGCCGUCAGCGAGGCCCAGAGCAGGCCCGCGGGUGCCAGGCGCUCCGAGGGUGCGCAGGCCGCUGGCAUGGGCGCUGGCCUGGCCGAGCGUCGGCGGGGCCAGGCCCGAGAGCACCUCGGGGGCAGUGGGGACGAGGAGCAGGACGAGCCCUGCCUGCCCAGCCCCACCUUCAGUGAGCUUCAGAAGAUGUACGGCAAAGACAAGUUCUACGAGUGCAAGGUGUGCAAGGAGACCUUCCUGCACAGCUCAGCCCUGAUCGAGCACCAGAAGAUCCACAGCCGUGAGGACAGGGAGAGGGAGCGCAGCACGGGCGCCGUGAGGCGCACCCCCAUGCUUGGCGAGCUGCAGAGGGCCUGCGGGAAGGAGAAGCGCUAUGAGUGCAAGGUCUGCGGGGAGACCUUCCACCACAGCGCGGCCCUGCGGGAGCACCAGAAGACCCACAGCCGCAGGAGCCCGUCCGAUGGCAGGGGCAGGGCCUUCGAGGAGACCUUCAUUCCUGGCCAGUCCCUGAAGAGGCGCCAGAAGACCUACUCCAAGGAGAAGCUCUACGACUUCAGAGAGGGCGGGGAUGCCUUUGGGCGGAGCUCAGACUUCAUGGAGCACCAGAAAAUUCAUUCUCGGAAGAGCUGCUUCGACAGCCGAGGCUACGAGAAGCCGCUUUUCCACAGCAUGUCCAUGCCUGGGUCUCAGAAGAGUCACACAAUCACCAGGCCACCUGAGGACGAGGACGACGACGACGAGAAGGCAUUCACCAUCAGCAGCAACCCUGAAGACAGCCAGGAGGCCCGGGCCUAUGAGAGGAGUGCCUACGAGAGGGCCAUCUUCCACAGCCUGGCCGCCUUCCGGCCUCCCCGUGGCCUCAGGGAGGAUGGGGAGCCCUCCACAUACCUCUCAGGCCUUCGUGACCCGCCUCAGAAGACCCCGGCCUGGGAGAGCCCUUACGCCGGAGGUAGACACAGCUUCUUCAGGAGCUCAGUUUUCUACCGUGCGUCACGCCCCGCCCCUCUGGACCACCUUGCUGGGGAAGGCCCCAGCGGGUGGAAGAGAGAUGGUGAAGCCUCCGGCUCCAGCUCAGAUGGCCGCCAGCACCAGAAGGCACGCGCCAAGAAGAAGAACAUCGAGCGCAAGAAUUACGACACCUCCAUGAUGCACACGCUGCGUUUUGGUGAGCCUCAAACGUUUCGCCCGAGAGAGAGAUUUUAUGAAUGUCAAGAGUGUGGAGAGUUCUUUGUCCGUAGCUCUGAGUUGGCUGAACACCAGAAGAUCCACAGCAGAAAGAAGCUCCCCGGAAAUAAAAACUACCUACGGUCUGUCCUUCGCAGCCUGACCUCCACUGACCCUCAGACCAGCUACCAAGGCCAGUCACUGCAGAUGAGUUAUGUCCAGGAAGCAGCUCAGACCAGUUAUUCUGAGCUAGGAGCUCAGGCCAGUUACGCUGAACUAGGAGCUCAGGCCAGUUACGCUGAACUAGGAGCUCAGGCCAGUUAUGCUGAACUAGGAGCUCAGGCCAGUUACAAUGAAGAACCAGCUCAGACCAGCUACACUGAAGAACCAGCUCAGACCAGUUACACCAAAGAACCAGCUCAGACCAGUUGUAUUGAGGAGCCAGCUCAGACCAGUUACACCGAGGCACCAGCUGAGGCCAGUUACACCGAGGAACCAGCUCAGACCAGUUGUAUUGAGGAACCAGCUCAGACCAGUUACACUGACCCAGCAGCUGAGACCAGUUACACUGAAGAACCAGCUGAGGCCAGUUAUACUAAGGAACCAGCUCAGACCAGUUGUAUUGAGGAACCAGCUCAGACCAGUUGUAUUGAGGAACCAGCUCAGACCAGUUACACUGACCCAGCAGCUGAGACCAGUUAUACCGAGGAACCAGCUGAGGCCAGUUGCACUGAGGAACCAGCUCAGACCAGUUGUAUUGAGGAACCAGCUCAGACUAGCUACACUGAUCCAGCAGCUGAGACCAGUUACACCGAAGAACCAGCUCAGGCCAAUGACACCAAGGAACCAGCUCAGACCAGUUGUACUGAGGAACCAGCUCAGACUAGUUACACUGACCCAGCAGCUGAGACCAAUUACAAUGAGGAACCAGCUCAGACCAGUUGUACUGAGGAACCAGCUCAGACCAGUUGUACUGAGGAACCAGCUCAGACCAGUUACACUGACCCCGCAGCUGAGACCAGUUACACCAAAGAACCAGCUCAGACCAAUUACACUGAGGAACUAGCUGAGGCCAAGUAUACUGAGGAACCAGCUCAGACCACUUAUGCCGAGGAACCAGCUCAGACCACUUAUGCCGAGGAACCAGCUCAGGCCAGUUACGCCGAGGAACCAGCUCAGGCCAGUUACGCCGAGGAACCAGCUCAGGCCAGUUACGCCGAGGAGCCAGCUCAGGCCAGUUACGCCGAGGAGCCAGCUCAGGCCAGUUACAGUGAGGAACCAGCUCAGGCCAGUUACAUUGAGGAACGAGCUCAGACCAGUUAUACUGAGGAACCAGCUCAGGCCAGUUAUACUGAGGAACCAGCUCAGACCAGCUACAUUGAGGAACUAGCUCAGACCAGUUAUACCGAGGAACCGGCUCAGACCAGAUACGCUGAGGAACCGGCUCAGACCAGAUAUGCCGAGGAACCGGCUCAGACCAGUUACGCCGAGGAACCAGCUCAGGCCAGUUAUGCCGAGGAACCGGCUCAGGCCAGAUAUGCUGAGGAACCACCAGCUGAGACUAGUUAUGCUGAACUAGUAGCUCAGAUCAGUUAUGCUGAACUAGCGGCUCCAACUAGUUAUGCUGAACUAGCAGCUGAGACCAGUUAUUUUGAGCCACCAGCUCAGGCUAGUUAUACGGAACCAGCUGAGACCAGUUAUGCUGACCCAGCCGCUCAGGUCAGCUUUGAGGAACCACCAGCUGAGGCUAGUUAUGCUGAUCUAGCAGCUGAGAUCAGUUAUGCUGAACUAGCAGCUGAGACUAGUUAUGCUGAGCUAGCAGCUCAAAUAAGCUAUGAUGAACCACCAGCUGAGACUAGUUAUGCUGAGCUAGCAGCUCAGAUCAGUUAUUCUGAACCAGCAGAUCAGACUGCUUAUGCUGAGCUCGCAGCUCAGACCAGUUACGCUGAACCACCAGCUCAGACCAGCUAUGCUGAGCUAACAAGUGAGACCAGUUACUGCGAGCCGCCAGUUCUCAAUGAAUGUAAGGAGUGUGGGGAAUGCUUUGCCACCGUUGAAGAGCUUGGCAGACAUCAGAAAAUCUAUGCCCGAGAGAAUUUCCAUGAUGGGAAGCUGUUUGGAGAGCCUGUGAUGCCGGACCUGGGCCUGGACGGGCCUCCGGAGGAAGAGACGGAGGAGCAGGAGGAGCAGGAGGAGCAGGAAGAGCAGGACGAGCCCGAGGAGCCCGAAGACUCCAUCUACGGCUGUAAGGACUGUGGGCUGGGCUUCGCGGACCGCGCGGACCUCCGCGACCACCAGAAGGUCCACCGCCGGGAGUAUCUGGUGGACAGCCGUGAGUACACGCACCCCGCGGUGCACACGCCUCCUGUCAGCGAGUACCAGAAAGAUUGCCUUGGAGAGCAGCUCUACGAGUGCCCGGCCUGCGGGGAGUCGUUCGUGCACAGCUCCUUCCUCUUCGAGCACCAGAAGGUCCACGAGCAGGACCAGUUCUACGGCCACAGGCGUUACGAGCCCUUCAUGCAGCCCCUGAUCGCCACCCCGCGGCGGCCCCAGGCCCCGCAGAAGAGCGCCCCCCUCGGGGCGGCCCUGCAGUGCCAGGUGUGCGGGCAGGACUUCAUCCACGCCUCCGUCCUCAGCGAGCACGCCCGGGGCCACGCCGGCGAGGGGCUGCCGGAUCAGGGCCAGGCGGGCGCGGGCGCGGCGGGGCCUGGCCCGGCGCCCACAGAGCCGCAGCAAGACCCGGGCGAGGAGCCGCGCUUCGAGUGUGAGACCUGCGGCGAGUCCUUCCCCAGCCAGGCCGACCUCCAGGAGCACAUGCGGGUGCAUGAGAAGACCGAGCCCUACGACUACGGGGCCGCCUUCGUGCACACGUCCUUCCUCACGGAGCCCCCCAAGAGGGACUGGCCCUUCUACGAGUGCAAGGACUGCGGCAAGUCCUUCAUCCACAGCACCAUCCUCACCAAGCACCAGAAGCUGCACCUGCAGGAGGAGGGCGCGGCCGCCGCCGCUGCCGCCGCCGCGGCCCAGGAGGCCGAGGCCGCCGUCCUCGUGCCCCGGGAGGUCCUGCGCAUCCAGGGCUCCGACGUGGAGGCGGCCGAGCCCGAGGUGGAGGCGGCCGAGCCCGAGGUGGAGGCGGCCGAGCCCGACGUGGAGGCGGCCGCGCCCCUCGGGGGCGCCGAGGGCCCGGAGUGGGAGGCCGCGGAGCCGAGCGGCGAGGCGGAGCAGCCCCACGCCGAGGCGGAGCAGCCCGGCAUGGACGCCGACGAGCCGGACGGCGCGGGCAUCGAGGACCCCGAGGAGCGCGCCGAAGAGCCUGAGGGUGACGCCGACGAGCCGGACGGCGCGGGCAUCGAGGACCCCGAGGAGGAGGGCGAGGAGCAGGAGAUCCAGGUGGAGGAGCCCUACUACGACUGCGGCGAGUGCGGUGAGACCUUCCCAUCAGGCGCCGCCUACGCCGAGCAUCUGCGGGCGCACGCCAGCCUCAUCAUCCUGGAGCCCGCUGGCCUCUACGGCGAGGGCGCCGGCGGCCCCGAGGGCGGCCGGCCUGACGACGAGCUCUUCAAGUGCGACGUGUGCGGGCAGCUCUUCAGCGACCGCCUGUCCCUGGCCAGGCACCAGAACACCCACACCGGCUGAGGCCCGGGGGCCCCCCGGGACCCGACCCUCCUCACCCACAUACACCGGACCCACCGCGACAGCCCGGACUGCACCCACCCAACCUGGACUUCAGACCCUCGGUUCGGCGGGCCGGGGCCUCCACUGGGACCCGGCCCCCUUCACCCACGCACAACCGGACCCCCGAGCCGGCCUGCACUGCACCCUCCAGCCUGGAUUCACACUCUCGGCUCCCAGGUGCAAACGCCGGCAGCUCCCGUGUCCAGCACAGCAGGUACAUGCGGGACACGGCACCUGCCCGCCCUCCGCAGGGGCCCUGGCGGCUGCAGAGAGCACCCACCUGUGAGCGCCCGGGACCUCCGCCACCGCCUCCCGCGAUGUACGCAGAACACACAGCACGGCGAACUGGACUGAGGGUGGCCCUCGCCGGCGCUCACCUGCAGCCGCGCCUCACCUGGUACUCUGGUCUUGCUGUUUCAUUUUUUUUGGAGGAGGAAGAGAGCAACAAAUCACAAUAUAUUUGUCAGCGUUUCAGAGCUUUAGAGAGAUUUACUGUGUGCUGUUCGGACCCUGUCUGUAUCUUUCUGACUGACUCUGUGGUUCCUUAUUCUUUACAUAGCCCCCUCACGGUGUAGGCAUGAAAGGCAGAGCGUCUUGCCCGCUUUGCUGUGUGAAGGGAAGCCUCUCUGCUCCCUUUUCAGGCGCCUCGUCUACACCGACACUUUGGAAACCUCGUGCUGUGUAAGCCUUUACCGUGUGUGGAUUGGCCUUUUGUAACCUCAUUGGUUGGUUGCCACCUUGUAACCUUGCAGUGGUUCUCAUGCAAAAAACACUACAAGUUUUUGUUAUUUUUAUUUUUUUAACCCACCUUGAUGUCUCUUCGAUAGUGAAUUUUACAAAAGCCGAAGCUUUUCCCUGUGACUCUUACGUCCUUGCCUUUAAAGAGUGGGUUGUAACCAUCACUAGAUCACGUGUGCCUAAUGAAGGUUGAGAACCACCGGGGGGAGGGGGGGCUCUCCUGUUGUAAAUACGGCCGAGGGGCUACGACUUCAUUACUUCCCUUUGUGCGCUUCCUGCCUUAAGUGACAAGUAGCAACGUGGCUUGGCCCUUCCGUGCCGCCACGUGGCAAGUUUGCACCCUGGGUGCCCAGGAGCUAGUAUCCUUAGAGCUUUCCAGCCUGAGACUUAAUCCUCCUUUCCACCUGUCUGACCCUCAACCAACCCUGUGUCUAACUUGCAUUUAAAAAAAAAAAAAAAAUCUCUUUACAGCCAACUCGAGCCCAACAUGGACUCAGGUUCCCCGGCAGCCUUAAUUUGUUUCGUUGCCAUCUGUCCCCCCCUCUCAGGAAGCGCCCUCCUGACAAGCACCCCCGCUGUCCUCAGAGCGGCCCCAGUUUCCUGCGUCCUUGUCCCAAGCUGACCUCACCGCUCUGGGGUCUCCUGCGUCCCGUUCUGUGCCCUCCCUCUGCUUCCCCGCCCCCUCUUUGCAUAAUGACUAUUAAGAAAUUUCUUGGCUUUGAGUUGGCUGGCAAAAAAAUUUUAAAAAUUUUUUUAAAAACUUAAAAAAAAAGAGGAUCUUGUAGAUGCAGUGAGCAGAAGCUGAGAGCAGAUCAUCUGGGAGAGCAGAGCGAGGAGGCCUGCUCUGGAGUUGUAUCCGGACCCCCCUCUCCUAGGUCCCUGCCACGAGGGCUGGGGAGAGCAUGUCAGAGCUGGAGGGAACGCCAAAGUCGGGGAGAGCCAAAGCGGGGGGUCCUGACGCCUCACCAGACCUGGGAGGGUGGUGUCGGACGGAAGGAACAUCGGAAGCAGGGACUGGAAGGCCCGAUGGGGGGGUGAAUGAAUGAGCAGGGUGUCCUGGCAGUUAGGAGAAGGGGCCACUUGGUGGCCUGAGGGCAGCUGCAUCACGAGACACGGCAUUGGAAUGGACGCCCCAGUGCCCCAAGGGGCCGCGAGGCACAGCAUCAGGGGGUCCUGGGCUGGGAGCCAGCCUGGGCGGCGUGGGGUGAACCUGGCGCUCAUCGCCGUCGGCAGCACCAACUGGUAGAGUGUUUUCAGAGAGCCGCCUGCCGGUGUCCAUUCCAGCCGUCCUUCGGUCAGUGAGAGAUCAGGAACAACUGACAAAUGCCAAAAAUAGGAGCAAGGUGAAGGGAAUGUGUCCGUGGACUCUGAAUGCAGCUGUCUAGAAAUGAUAAUCAUGGAGAGUUAUGUAGUGACGUGGAGAUAUAUUUACGGAAUACCAAGUGGAAAAAGCAGGACACAGAAUUAUAUUUAUACUACAAUUAUAGCUGUUUAAAAAUGUAUGCUUAUAGUUAAAAGCUGUGGUGGUGUUGCUGUUGUAGGCUUAUAGUUGAGCAUUAUUUUCUUAAAUUCCUUGAAUGUUCUUUAUGAUAGUGUUACUCAAAAGUUUAUAAUCACAUUUCCAUUGUGAACAUAAUUUGAGAUCAUUAUUCAGGCACUCGGAGAAUACAGAAAAGUGGAGGAAAAAAAACCCAUAUGCCCACCAUCCAAAGAUGACAGACCUGCUCCUCACGAUAUUGUUUAUCCUUGUUUCUGUGCACAGGCUUAUAACUGUGUCCCAAACGUGUACUCAGAUUAGUGUUAUCUUUGUGGAAUUACGGUUAAACACUUUCAUCUUAAUGUUUUCAGAUGGCCCUUAAAAUAGUUUCCUGAUAACAAAGUUUAUUAUGCUUGCUUCAGUUAGCAAGCAUAAUACACACCCAGAGGAAUAAUUGAAAAAUACAAAAUAAAUUAGAAAAGAACAAAAAAGUCGCCCAUAUUCCCAACACCCAACAACUACUGUUAACAUCUUGAUCUGUUUCCUCCAUCUCGUAUCAGUGCACAAGCUUGUGAUUUAUGACCGUGGUGAUUAUGUGUGCAUAAAGUCUAAAAUGAAAAAAAAAUUACAGAAAAUAAUUAAAGUAGUGUUGUCAUUGUGGGAUUAUGGUUAACUAUCUUGUCUCAAAUUUCUUGAAUGAUCUUUGGUGUUUUGAGUAUUAAAUCUUAUGUAUGUUUUUCCAUUAAAACUCUUAAUACAUACUCAUGGCAUACUUUGGGGGAGAUUUAGUAAAGCAAAAGAAAUUCACAUAUAUUCCCGACACCCAACAAUCAUUGCUGUUAAACCUUCAUCUGUGCACAGUCUGAGGACUGGGGUGUCUGAGGUGAGAAUGCAGAGGGUCGAAGAGGAGAGGAAACAUGGGAAGCAGUGAGGAAACGGUUGUGUGGUCUUUGCGGCGUUAGGCUGUGGGGCUCGCUUUCCUAGAAGACUUGUUUCCUUUUGUCCCGGUUACCGACCUUUUAUCACGGGCACCUCCAUUGUAACCGCACUGUCUGCUCAUGGUAGAAAGCUGGCAGUUACAGAAGUGUGGAAGAUAGGCGUGCCCCUGUCGCCGUCACCCAAAGAUCAUGGUUAACAUCUUGACAUGUUUUCUUCAUCUUGUUUCUGUGCACAGGUUUUUGGUUUGUUAGUAUGGUUGUGGUCGUUCUAUCUGUAAUCGUGUCACCAAUAAAAAUAAAGUUAAAAGUAA